CCUUAACUAGCUUCCUCUCAGUUUCUUCAUUAUCUGCACCGUUUCCUAGUCUGCUCGUGUGCACUUCUAUCUUUUAUUUUUCUUUUCUUUAUUAAUAUGGCUUCUGGUACAGGGUCACCUUGUGGUGCAUGCAAAUUCCUGCGCCGCAAGUGUGCCGCGGACUGUAUUUUUGCUCCUUAUUUCUGUUCAGAACAAGGCCCUGCUAGAUUUGCAGCCAUUCAUAAGGUGUUUGGAGCAAGUAAUGUUUCUAAAUUGUUGCUGCAUGUUCCGGUGCCUGAUAGGUGUGAGGCUGUUGUUACUAUUGCUUAUGAAGCACAAGCAAGGAUCAAAGAUCCUGUCUAUGGCUGUGUUGCACAUAUUUUUGCCUUACAACAACAGGUAGCAUACCUUCAAGCUCAACUUAUGCAAGCGAAGACUCAGCUGGCACAAAGUUUACUCAACAAUUCAAGAAAUUCAGAAAAUUCUUAUCCUCAAUGGUCCAACGAUAUUGCAUCAUCAGUUGGGCUAAUGGCGUCAUCUUUCCCAACAAAUAAUAACAAUAAUCCAACAUAUACUAUGAACUCCAAUUCCUCACCACAGAGUUCACUUGAAUCAUUAGAACAUUAUAGUGAUGGAAUGAAUAACAAUAAUAAUGUGCAAGAGAUACAGAGUCGAGAUCAAAUGUUUUAUCAUCAAGGGGCCUAUAGUAGUAGUAGUAGCAGGAAGAGACCUUCUCAAUCUGAGCUGGGUGAACUUCAAGCAUUGGCUCUUAGGAUGAUGAAAAGCUAAUUAUUAGUAGUAUUACCCUUUUAAUUUCUUUGUUUAAUCUAAAUCAUGUGUACAUAGACUAUGAGAAAAGAAACUUUGAUCCCAUCAUAUAUUACCCAAGAGCAAAGGAGGCUUUUUUCCCACGGAGAUUAUAUUACUGCAAAAAUGAUCUUUAAUUUUCUUAUCUGUGUUUCUUGCGAGCCUGGGAUCUAGUUUCACUAGAUUUAGAAUGAAUGUGGU